UUAGGGGUAGGGUUUCAUUCGCACCUAAAAUCGAAGCUAAAACCCCAAAUCACACCUCAUCACUCACUCUCAGUCUCCAUGGCAGCCAAAGCGCCGUCGUCGGAACCUCAGCAGCAGGGCGGUGGCUCGGCCGGCACCAAGCCGGGGCUGCGCAAGCCGGUGUUCGUGAAGGUCGAUUCUCUGAAGCCGGGGACGACUGGGCAUACACUCGUCGUCAAAGUUCUCGAAUCCACCACUGUUCUCAGUAAGAAGCCGCGGAAUCCGACUUUCCGUGGGGCGCAGAAUCAGAACACGAGGAUCGCUGAAUGCCUUAUCGGAGACGAAACAGGGACGAUUCUCUUCACUGCUCGCAACGAUCAAGUUGAGAUGAUGAAGCCUAAUAAUACAGUGAUACUUCGCAAUGCAAAGAUUGACAUGUUUAAGGGUUCGAUGAGGCUUGCUGUGGAUAAGUGGGGUCGUGUUGAGGUCACCGAACCAGCAGAAUUUGUGGUCAAAGAGGAAAACAACCUCUCCCUUGUCGAGUACGAGCUGGUCAACGUCGAAGAAUCUUGAUAAGUUUGGAUUCCACCUUGUGGAUAUUUGGGCGGCAAUUCAUUUUGUCACAAUUGGGUCUUGGUAUACAUGUUUUCCUGGUUAUUUUACUACUAUCUUUUUUGCCACUAAGUUGAUUAACAACAUGCUAUAUAUAGGUCUGAUUUAUUUAUGGCAUUAAUUUGAUGGUGUGUAAACAAUAUGGUCCCUUGAUUCUGCCAUAUAGGAUCUCUCGUUCUCAAAUGUGGAAAAAGUAAAUUUUCAAUAUUCAUGAGUUAA